AUGGCCGCAGCCCUCAUUGACCACUCCCCGCACCACCCCGCCCCGGCACCGCCGGUCGAAACCGCCCAGAACCUCAUCCUCAUAGACAACUACGACUCGUUCACCUGGAAUGUCUACCAGUACCUUGUGCUCGAGGGCGCCAAGGUCACCGUCUUCCGCAAUGACGAGAUUACUCUCGACGAGCUCAUCGCGAAGAACCCGACCCAGCUGGUCGUUAGCCCUGGACCCGGCCACCCCGAGACCGACUCUGGCAUAAGCAGGGACGCUAUCAAGCAUUUCGCGGGCAAGAUUCCCAUCCUGGGAGUGUGCAUGGGAGAGCAAUGCAUCUACUCUGUCUUCGGCGGCCGCGUCGACGUGACCGGUGAGAUCCUGCACGGAAAGACAUCGCCGCUGCGCCACGACGGCAAGGGCGUAUACGCGAACGUCCCCCAAGACGUGGCGGUGACGAGAUACCAUUCCCUGGCCGGCACCCACCCCACGCUCCCGGAAUGCCUCGAGGUCUCUUCCUGGAUUGCGACCGGCCCGGAUGGCGGCAAGGGUAUAAUCAUGGGCGUGAGACACAAGGAGUAUGUCAUUGAGGGUGUGCAAUACCACCCAGAGAGUAUCUUGACCGAGGAGGGCCGGGUGCAGAUCAAGAACUUCCUGAAGAUGCAGGGAGGCACCUGGGCUGAGAACGAGAAGCUUGCCAAGGCCCAGCCAGCUGCUGCGACCGCUCCCAAUGGCGCCAUUGUCGUUGACAAGAAGACCUCCAUUCUGGAGAAGAUCUUCGACCACCGCCGUGCCGCUGUUGCGGCGCAAAAGGAGAUUCCUUCUCAACGGCCUGUGGACUUGCAGGCUGCCUAUGAUAUGGAUAUAGCCCCGCCUCUCAUUUCCUUCGCCGAUCGUCUCAGGCAGUCGCCCUACCGGCUGUCGCUGAUGGCCGAGAUCAAGCGUGCAUCCCCUUCGAAGGGCAUCAUUUCCCUGUCCACCUGCGCCCCUCAGCAAGCCCGGACGUACGCGCUUGCAGGCGCCAGUGUUAUUUCUGUCCUUACCGAGCCUGAAUGGUUCAAGGGAAGCAUUGAUGACCUGAAGCUUGUGCGCCAGGCUUUGGAAGGCAUGCCCAACCGCCCGGCCAUUCUGCGCAAGGAGUUCGUCUUUGACGAGUACCAGAUCCUCGAGGCUAGGCUGGCAGGUGCUGAUACCGUUUUACUCAUUGUCAAGAUGCUGGACGAAGCCACCCUGAAGAGGCUGUAUCACUACUCUCAAUCGCUCGGCAUGGAGCCCUUGGUCGAGGUCAACACUGCGGAGGAGAUGCACAUUGCAGUGAAUCUUGGAGCGAAGGUCAUUGGUGUGAACAACCGCAACCUUACCAACUUCGAGGUGGACCUGGAGACCACUAGCAGGCUGAUGGAUAUUGUCCCCAAGGAAACCAUUGUCUGCGCUCUCAGCGGUAUCUCUGGUCCUAAGGACGUCGAGCCGUACGAGAAGAACGGCGUUGGCGCUGUCCUCGUCGGCGAGGCUUUGAUGAGGGCCUCCAACACUGCUCAAUUCAUUGCGCAGCUUCUCGGUGGCUCGAGCGAGAUGGUGAAGACCGCUCCCCGGGCAGCACCGCUGGUCAAGAUCUGCGGCACCAGGUCAGCGGAAGCCGCGAAGACAGCCAUCGAGGCGGGCGCUGAUCUCAUCGGCAUUAUCCUCGUUCAAGGUCGCACUCGGUGCGUCUCGAACGAAACCGCACUCGAGAUUUCACAAGUCAUCCACAGCACGCCGAAGCCGCGCAAGAGCGGCGCUUCCUCGUCACCGACAUCCUCCAGCAUCCCCAACGCCGCAUCCGAAUUCUUCUCGCACGCCGCGGCGCACCACGUAUCGCACCCGGACCGCGCACUGCUGGUCGGCGUCUUCCGUAACCAGCCGCUCGACUACGUGCUGGCGCAGCAGAAGCUGCUCAACCUCGACAUCGUGCAGCUGCACGGCGACGAGCCGGUCGAGUGGGCGCGCAGCAUCCCCGUGCCCGUCAUCCACGCCUUCAAGCCUGGCCAAGCCGGUCUCGCGCGCCGCGCCUACCACGCCCUGUCGCUGCUCGACUCGGGCGCCGGCGGCUCCGGCCAGAAGCUCGACCUGAAGGAGGUGCGCGAGACGCUGGAGAAGGACACGAGCUUGCGCGUCCUGCUGGCCGGCGGCCUCGGCCCGGAGAACGUGCGCGAGGCCAUCGCCGAGCUGGGCGAGCUGGGCGAGAGGGUGGUCGGCGUGGAUGUGAGCAGCGGCGUCGAGGUGAAUGGGCAGCAGGAUUUGGCGAAGAUUAAGGCUUUUGUCGAGGCGGCGAAGGCGGUCUAG